AUGCCCUUGCACGUGGAGCCAGCAUCCCCUCUCGGUUCGCUAGCAAGAGACUCGCUGCGGGAAGCGGUGAAAGCGGUGGUUCAUGGAGCGUCGUCCUGGAACGCAAACACGACCACCGGCAAUGUGUGGCUGACCAAGCUGGGUCAGGGGCGGAUGCAGGUUCUGACCUCGGAUGGCCCCGGCAGCAUCUCUGCGCCCAUCGCUGUGUCUGUUCCACCUGCCCUGGUGUCAGAACUGUCCGUGAACACGUCGGUUUGGCUACUCAUCACGAUGAUCGAUAGCAGCGUCGUCGAUCACAUGUCGAGCCUCUCUGCGAACGGGCCUGUCACCUACAGGUCCCCUUUGGCUGAGGUCUCGCUUCUGCAGGAAACGCAAGGGGCCGUUUCUGUUGCACAGAUCGCGAACCUUGUGGAUCCAAUUGCUAUACGACGCAAGGAUGACAUGCAGCUGGAUGACCGAGACCGCUGCUGUUGGUUUGAUCCUGCCCGUUGA